GGAGCCCCGCUCCUCCGCGGUGUGGCCCACCAGCUCCGCACAUCCCACAGAGCCCGAGAGCCCCACCGCAGCCCAGGGACAGGGCAGCAUGAGCCGGCCCAGGCACAUGGGCAAGAUCCGGAAACGCCUGGAAGAUGUCAAGAGUCAGUGGGUCCGGCCAGCCAGGGCUGACUUCAGCGACAAUGAGAGUGCUCGGCUGGCCACCGAUGCCCUCUUGGAUGGGGGUCUUGAGGCCUACUGGCGGGUGCUCAGCGAGGAGGGCGAGGUGGACUUCUUGUCCUCGGUGGAGGCCCAGUACAUCCAGGCCCAGGCCAAGGAGCUCCCAUGUGCCCCAGACCCCCCUGGAGGGGCCGAGACAGGCCCUAAGGGACUCGACUCCUGCUCCCUGCAGUCGGGCACCUACUUCCCCGUGGCCUCGGAGGGCAGUGAGCCGGCCCUGCUGCACACCUGGGCCUCCGCUGAGAAGCCCUAUCUGAAGGAGAAGUCCAGUGCCACCGUGUACUUCCAGACGGACAAGCACAGCAACAUCAGAGACCUCAUCCGCCGCUGCAUCGCCCGGGCCAGCCAGGUCCUGGUCAUCCUGAUGGAUGUGUUCACAGAUGUGGAGAUCUUCUGUGACCUUCUAGAGGCAGCCAACAAGCGCGGGGUGUUCGUCUGUGUGCUCCUGGACCAGGCGGGUGUGAAGCUCUUCCAGGAGAUGUGUGAUAAAGUCCAGAUCUCUGACAGCCAUCUCAAGAACAUUUCCAUCCGGAGUGUGGAGGGAGAGGUGUACUGCGCCAAAUCAGGCAGGAAAUUCGCAGGCCGAAUCCGGGAGAAGUUCAUCAUCUCAGACUGGAGAUUCGUCCUGUCUGGAUCGUACAGCUUCACCUGGCUCUGCGGACACGUCCACAGGAACAUCCUCUCCAAGUUCACGGGCCAGGCGGUGGAGCCGUUUGACGAGGAGUUCCGCCACCUCUACACCUCCUCCAAGCCCAUCAUGGGCCUGAAGUCCCCAAGGCUGGCCGCCCCGCUCCUUCCCGGAGCCAGCCGCAGCCUCCCCAGUGGCUGCCUCAGCAGCAGCCGCUCCGCCAGCGACCGCACGUCCUCCGACCCCUUCAGCAGCCCGUCGACGGGCAGCAAUCCCCACAACCAGAGUGUGUCCACAUCCUCGGGGCCUGGCAGUCCUGGGACCCCAAACCCACCUCCACCGCCCCGGUUUCAGCCCUACCAGGGGCCUUGGGGAGCCCUAACUCCCCCAGCCCACUUCUGCCCCCGGCCCCACGAUGGCCCGCUCACCCCCUACAGCAACCUCAAUGCCUACAGGCCCACGCGGCUACAGCUGGAGCAGCUCGGCCUGGUGCCUAGGCUAGCCCACACCUGGAGGCCCUUUCUGCAGGCCUCACCUCAUUUCUGA